UAUAAUACUACCCGGUAUCGCGACGAGUCAAGGCAAUUAAGAGGAAACUGAGAGACAAGUAGGACCAAAGUACUGUCAAGAGUCAAUGUUUUGUUUCUUUACCAAUAAUAUACUGUAAUCUACAAUACUACAGCUGAUAUGGAUGACGUUAUGCUGAGGAGAUAUAGCAAACAACCCGUCUUAAUGAAGCAUGUUAGCGUAGCAUUUGGAGUCCUGCUGAUCCUAUUAUCCUUGGACAUUGUCAGAAGUAACGUGAUUGAACUGGAUGACAGGUUUAUUGAAGCAAAAGAGCAUGGAAAGUGGCUUGUUGAGUUUUAUGCACCUUGGUGUGGUCACUGUCAGAAAUUGAAGCCAGUAUGGGCAAACGUUGGACUUAUGAUGAUGAAGAGUCAUCCUAAUCUUCAUGUAGCUAGACUAGAUGGGACACGUUAUGGAAAGGCGAUGGACAUGUUUGAUGUGAGGGGCUUUCCAACUAUCAAAUACAUUGAAGGAGAUAAAGUUUUUACACAUACCGGUGGAAGGACCUCUCAAGAUAUCAUUGAUUUUGCAGUAAAAGCACAAGGACCUGCAGUGAAACAACUCACAAGUUCCAAUACUUUACAACAGUAUAGAAAAAGCAAACUUGUAUUCUUUGUUAUAGUUGCUGAAGAUACCUCUAGUGAAUUAGCAACGUUAUUCUCAAAGGUUGCUGAUAAGCGUAUUCUAGAUGCCUUUUAUUACCAUGUGAAACCUGAUGUCAUACCGGAGGGGGCGAGGCCAGAGAAUGUACCAGCCAUCAUGGUGUUUAAAGAUGAUCAUCAUUAUCAAUAUGAAGCACCUGAAGGAAGUCUUUCAGAAGAACACCUAUCAGAAUGGAUCGGAGCAGAAAGGUUUCCGGCAUUCUUGAGGAUUGGCAAUGAUAAUAUCAAUGACAUAGGCAGAACGGAAAAGCUUAUUGCAGUUGGUCUUGUUUAUCCAAGUGCUACAAACGUAAAGGAUCAUCCCCAUAAUCUAAUGUUAGAACUCAUCAAGAAAGUGGCAAUUGAUCACAGAGAAACAUUCUACAAGAAAGUCCAGUUUGGAUACAUGGAGGACAGCAAUAUGCUGAGUGACAUCAUUCUAAGGUCAGUAGAAGUACCGGGUAUCUUUGUAAUUGACCCAGUCACAUACCUGUAUUAUGAAUUGGACGAACCUCUUCAGCAGACCGAGGAAUCCUUUGUCAACUUCAUGAACGGUAUCAUCGAUGGCACUGUUCAGGCUAAAGGAGGCAAUAGUUUCUUCAGAAAGAUCUACAGAGUUUUCUAUGAAAUCAUCAAGAGUGUUGUGAUGAUGUGGCUGGCUAAUCCAAUCCUGAUGACCCUUCUACUUGCCCUACCGACCGUGCUCAUCACCUUCAUCUGUUACAGCAUCUGUACAGCGGAACCCAUGGAUGAGGAUGCAGAGUUCCAGGACAGCGAGGAGGAAGACGAAGGAAGGGACCAGGAUGGUCCAAAGAUAGAGGAAAUACACGACGAAGAUCCAUCAGGUCAUCAAAAGACAGAGUAGCAUAUCUAGUUUAUAGUCUCUAGUGACAUGCAAGUCAUGUGAGCGAUCAUGUGUGCUGUCAGUCACAUGACUUGCAUGCUUUAGUGUGCAAUUCAUGUUAACUGGAGACGGUCGAGCCUCAUGGUGCCGAGUCUGAAUAUUCAUGUCUCUUCUUGAUUUGGAAAUAGAACAUGAAAUGAAAGGUAGGCUGUGAACAAACUAAUCAUGGGAUAUAGGAACAUAGAAAGUUGGUUAUGUUAUGAAAUAUUUGGUUUCAUAUACCUGUGGGCUGUUCAUAAGGUUGUUAACAAAACGAGUAGAAGAU